AUGGCCCCUGCGACGGCGAGCUCGCAGCUGGCGGGGCUGCAGCAGUGGGCGAAGCGCGUGCUGCUGGCGGAACUCGUCGCGCCCGGCGACGAGGUGUGUGAGAUGUUCUGUGGCCGCGGUGAGGACACGCCGCUGUGGGUCAACGCGCGCAUCGCCUCCUACCUGGGCGUCGGUGAGUGCCACGUGGGCGUCGGUGAGUGCCACGUGGGCGUCGGUGAGUGCCACGUGGGCACCGGUGAGUGCCACGUGGGCGUCGAGUAG